CGCGCUCGCAGUCAGGUCUUGCACACUCUCCCCCACCACUCUACACCUUUUGAUAGAUAGAUUUUACGACUACCAUGGCUGAUCCCAGUGGUGCCCCUCCCCAGCCCGGACCUGACGAUACCUCGACCGCAAUCCUGAGGCCGAAGAAAUCACCAAACCGCUUGCUUGUUGAUGACACGACAAAUGAUGAUAACUCAGUCUGUACUCUUCAUCCCAACACUAUGGAGAAACUUCAACUGUUCCGUGGCGACACGGUUCUCGUCCGCGGAAAGAAGCGAAGAGACACGGUGUUGAUUUGCCUGGCGAGUGAAGAUGGCUCCGUUGAAGAAGGCAAGAUACAAAUGAAUAAGGUCGCCCGUAACAAUUUACGCGUGAAGCUGGCCGAUCUUGUCCACGUAUCCCCAUUACCCGAUAUUCAAUAUGGGAAGCGAGUCCAUAUCCUCCCGUUCGACGACUCAAUUGAGGGCCUCAGCGGUAACCUCUUUGAGGUCUUCCUGAAGCCCUACUUCCUUGAAGCUUAUCGACCUGUGCGUAAAGGUGACACCUUCAAGGUCCGUGGUGGAAUGCGUGAAGUCGAGUUCAAGGUCAUUGAGACCGACCCGGCCGAAUACUGUAUUGUCGCUCAAGAUACCGUAAUUCAUACAGAAGGUGAUCCAGUGAAACGUGAGGAGGAAGAGGCCAACCUGAAUGAUGUUGGAUACGAUGAUAUUGGUGGCUGCAGGAAACAGAUGGCGCAAAUCCGUGAACUUGUGGAGUUGCCCCUCCGCCAUCCUCAAUUAUUCAAAUCCAUCGGUAUCAAGCCACCUCGAGGGAUUCUCAUGUACGGACCUCCCGGUACUGGUAAAACGCUCAUGGCGCGUGCGGUGGCGAAUGAGACAGGCGCGUUUUUCUUCUUGAUUAACGGUCCGGAAAUAAUGAGCAAAAUGGCCGGCGAAUCCGAAAGCAAUCUUCGUAAAGCCUUCGAAGAGGCCGAGAAAAACUCACCCGCGAUUAUUUUCAUUGAUGAAAUCGACUCCAUUGCGCCAAAGCGAGAGAAGACCAAUGGCGAGGUCGAACGCCGAGUCGUCUCACAGCUCCUCACACUCAUGGAUGGAUUAAAGGCGCGUUCAAAUGUCGUGGUUAUGGCGGCAACAAACCGCCCGAACUCAAUUGACCCCGCGCUUCGCCGUUUCGGACGCUUCGAUCGCGAAGUCGAUAUCGGUAUUCCUGACCCAACCGGCCGUCUUGAGAUUCUUCGUAUUCACACGAAGAACAUGAAGUUAGCCGAUGAUGUGGACCUUGAACAGAUUGCUGCCGAAACGCACGGUUAUGUCGGCUCUGACAUUGCGGCUCUUUGUUCGGAGGCUGCCAUGCAGCAGAUUCGCGAAAAGAUGGACCUCAUCGACCUUGAUGAAGACACUAUCGACGCAGAGGUUUUGGAUGCUCUCGGUGUAACGAUGGAAAACUUCCGAUUCGCGCUGGGUUCGUCCAACCCAUCGGCACUUCGCGAGACCGUCGUCGAAGUACCGACCGUCAAGUGGGACGAUAUCGGUGGUCUUGGCAAAGUUAAGCAGGAGUUGCAAGAGACGGUUCAAUAUCCGGUCGAACACCCCGACAAAUUUAUCAAGUACGGUAUGUCGCCAUCAAAGGGUGUGUUGUUCUACGGUCCUCCGGGUACUGGUAAAACACUGCUUGCCAAAGCUAUUGCGAACGAGUGUCAGGCAAACUUCAUUUCGAUUAAGGGUCCUGAAUUGCUUACCAUGUGGUUUGGUGAAUCCGAAGCCAACGUGCGGGAUGUGUUUGACAAGGCCCGUGCUGCUGCGCCCUGCGUGAUGUUUUUCGAUGAGUUGGAUUCCAUUGCAAAAGCGCGAGGCGCAAGCGCAGGCGGAGACGCGGGUGGCGCUGGAGACCGUGUUUUGAACCAGCUGUUGACCGAGAUGGACGGCAUGAAUGCAAAGAAGAACGUAUUCAUCAUUGGUGCGACCAACAGGCCAGAUCAAAUUGACCCAGCAUUACUUCGUCCUGGACGUCUUGACCAACUCAUUUAUAUUCCUCUGCCCGACGAAGCUGGACGUCUUGAUAUCCUUCGUGCAGCCCUGAGGAAGUCGCCUGUGGCGAAGGACGUCGAUCUUACAUAUCUUGCAAAGAGUACGCAUGGCUUCUCUGGAGCUGAUUUGACGGAAAUCUGCCAGCGUGCAGCCAAACUCGCGAUUCGCCAAUCAAUUGAAGAGGAUAUCCGCCGCGCCCGCGAAAAGAAGGAAUCGGGUGAUGGCGAUAUGGAGGACGUUGAAGAAGCAGAUCCAGUGCCCGAAAUCACCCGUGAACACUUUGAAGAGGCGAUGAAAUAUGCUCGUCGCUCCGUGUCCGACCAGGACAUCCGACGGUAUGAGAUGUUCGCACAGAAUUUACAGCAAUCGCGCUCGUUCGGAACGUCGUUCCGAUUCCCCGAAGGAGAACCUUCAGCUACCGGCGGUGCGGCAGCGAGCAGCGGAAAUGCUGCAUUCGGGGAGGACGCGCAAGAUGACGAUCUGUAUGCAUAAGAAUGUUGCGUGUUGGUAGCCAUCUUGACCAAGCCCACUGUUCUGCAUGUUUUUCCAUAUUUUUGUUCUGCAAUUAACGGUAUUAUGUAGACCGUAGUUUUGUGCAAAAUAGCCAUUUAUUGUUUCG